GGAGAAAUGGUCGACUGUAAUGUUCAUGGUGUCAGUGCUGCCCUCACCGACAUUUGUUGACUUGUCAUUUACCAAUAAUAAUAAUAAUAUGAAAAUAAUUGAAUAAUCCUUAAUAAUGUGCGAGAAGACAAAAGUGCAAACAUUCAUCUUGACUCAGAACGAGUUCGGCCAGAAAGUCUACAAGUCACAGUCGGACAAGUCGAAGAGUUUUGUGAUUGACGAUGAGGGCAAUAUGGUGCAGUACCAGCCCCCUGGGUCGUUUCGUAGCGUCAAAUUGGAGUCAGCGGGUGACGAUUUCGACGAAAUCACAACUGAUGACGAUUCGGUUCAUUUGGGAAUGAUCAAUUCACUUGAAAGUGCGAGCGAUUUCGACGACCAUUUGAUGCAAGAAUUGGACUCGGAUUUGAUGAACGUCGAGGACACACACUCGAGUCUCAUAAUGCAACAUAUGGACAUACAGGAGCCGCUCCUCAAACUGCGCCAGUUGCUGGAGCAAAGGCUCGGCUUGAGCCUCGCCGAUUAUUCGUUCUAUUUGCAGGGGACACAAAUGCUGGAAAAUGACAAAAAUCUCGUGGAACAGUGUGUGCAAGGCCAAGGUUUGGUCCAAAUCAAUGUCCAGUUACAAGCGAAUUUGAAACGAAUUAAUAUUUUGGACGUCCUUAAGCCAGCAGAAGACUAUAUUCACGUCGAUGAGUUGAAUCAAAGUGAGCGGUGCCAAGCCCCGCCCCCGAAAGCCGUCGUCCAAUGGCAGGUCGAUCUGGCCUACAAGCGUGAACAAGACCGCCUUAAAAUCCCUCACGAUCCAAUGGAAUGGUCACAAGUGCACGUCCGUCAUUGGGUGCAAUGGGCGGUCCGUCAAUUCAACUUGCCUAGCAUUAAAUUAUCUGAUUGGUCAAUGACGGGGCGUGAAUUAUACAAUUUGACCGUCAGCGAUUUCCAGAAAAUUGUUCCAUACGAUCCUGGUGACAUCUUCUGGACGCAUCUUGAAUUGCUACGAAAAAUGAAAGUCGUUGCGACAAAAAAAGAAGACCGUGAGGAACCACAUGUCAUGAAACAAAAACGACUCAAUCGUGUCAUGAACAAUUACCCAUCGGCGGUUACAUAUUUCGAAAAUAAGGCGGGAAAUAACGGCCAGAUUCAACUGUGGCAGUUUUUGUUAGAGUUGUUGACGAGUAAAGAAUAUAAGUCGGUGAUACAUUGGACGGGGAAUGACGGAGAAUUUAAAUUAAGGAACCCACAAUUAGUGGCGCAAUUGUGGGGCGAGAGGAAAAACAAGCCAGCGAUGAAUUACGAGAAAUUGUCACGCGCUUUGAGGUAUUAUUACGAUGGGGACAUGAUUUCAAAAGUCCAUGGAGAGAGAUUUGUUUAUAAGUUUGUCUGUGAUUUGAAGGAAAUGCUGGGUUACGACGCGAGAGAAUUGUCCAAUUUGAUUAACUACGGAAACCCUCUAAUCAAAUAAACGUUUUUUAUUUGUUUAA